UAGAAACUCUGGCUCUAUUGCACACCACUCAACACCAACACAAUACAGCACAGCGCAAAAUAACGAAAUCCCACCUACAAAAUAGGAACACACACCGCCUUCCACCUUCUUCUUCUUUUCUCCGUAUCAAAUUCUCCGUCGGAUUGAGAAAAGCCAUAGAAUCAGAGAAGCCCAGAACCAGUAUCAGCCCUGAGGAGCCUGCUUUUGUUCCUCCACUCCACCCAUGGCCGAACUCAAGGCCAGCUCCAGCACCACCACCAAGAGGGAAAUCCAAGGUCUGCUUCUGGGUCGGUUCGAGAUCGGCAAGUUAUUAGGUCAUGGCACCUUUGCCAAGGUUUACCUCGCUAAGAACAUCAAGUCCGGUGAGAGCGUCGCCAUUAAAGUUAUCGACAAGGAGAAGAUCCUAAAGGGUGGCUUAAUUGCCCACAUCAAGCGUGAGAUCUCAAUCCUUCGCCGAGUUCGGCACCCCAACAUCGUCCAGCUCUUUGAGGUCAUGGCCACCAAGGCCAAGAUCUACUUCGUUAUGGAGUACGUCCGUGGCGGUGAGCUCUUCAACAAGGUCGCCAAGGGUCGCCUCAAGGAGGAAGUGGCUCGAAAGUACUUUCAGCAGUUAAUCUCUGCCGUCAGUUUCUGCCACGCGCGCGGCGUUUUCCACCGGGACCUUAAGCCUGAGAAUCUACUCCUCGACGAGAAUGGUAAUCUCAAGGUUUCGGAUUUUGGUUUGAGUGCCGUUUCUGAUCAAAUCCGCCAGGACGGUCUGUUCCACACGUUUUGUGGUACACCUGCCUAUGUAGCGCCUGAAGUCUUGGCCAGAAAGGGCUACGACGCCGCUAAGGUCGACAUAUGGUCUUGUGGGGUUAUCUUGUUUGUUCUCAUGGCUGGUUAUCUCCCUUUCCAUGACCAAAAUAUCAUGGCCAUGUAUAAGAAGAUUUACAAGGGUGAGUUUCGGUGUCCCAGGUGGUUCUCGCCGGAGCUAACUCGCCUCCUCACUCGUGUUCUCGACACGAACCCCGAAACCCGGGUAACCAUACCUGCUAUUAUGGAGAAUCGGUGGUUUAAAAAGGGGUUCAAACAUAUCAAGUUCUACAUUGAGGAUGAUAAACUGUGCAGAGUUGACGACGAUGUUGACAAGGACGACGCCGACGAUGCCAGUUCUUUUUCCGAUCAGUCCAUGUCGGAGUCGGAUUCCGAAAUCGAAACGCGAAGAAGAACAGCCUCCUUGCCUAGACCAGCCAGUUUGAAUGCGUUUGAUAUAAUAUCCUUCUCUAGGGGGUUUGAUUUAUCAGGGUUGUUUGAGGAAGGUUCGGAGGAGUCAAGGUUCGUUUCAGGUGCGCCGGUUUCGAAGAUCAUUUCUAAACUUGAGGAAAUUGCUAAAGUUGUAAGCUUUAGUGUGAGGAAGAAGGAUUGCAGGGUGAGCUUAGAGGGUACCAGAGAGGGUGUUAGGGGGCCAUUAACGAUUGCAGCUGAGAUAUUUGAGUUGACACCAUCUUUGGUUGUAGUGGAGGUUAAGAAGAAAGGUGGAGACAGAGCGGAGUACGAGCAUUUUUGUAAUGAAGAACUGAAACCCGGAUUGGAGAAUCUGACUCGUGAGGAGUCUGCUCGUGCAGCUGCUGUUGCAGCAGCCAACGCAUCUUCAAAUGUACCAUCAGAGACCGAAGAUAGUUAGAAAAAGAGAGAGAAAACAUAAAAAGGUUUGAACUAAAACAGAUGAUAUCAAGAGGAGGGUAAACAAGUUGGUAACAUUUAUGGCAAAUAUGAGUACUUUACAUGACUGACCAGCUAGACUACAACAUUGUAUUGUGCUGUCAACGGUUAAAAAAAGCACUCUAAUUGGACAAACUGAGUUUCUGGAGACAAUUGAUCAACUUUCUAAAUUGAUAAGAGAAGGCCACCAAGUUAGAUGUACACAGAAGAAAAGCUUAUGGCUGUACUACAAAAGAGGUUACUACUACAUUAUCCGAACUAUUGAGGUUUGAUUUCUCAACUCACGUGGGGUGGUAGGAUAUCAUUGAUGGAAGUGAUUUCAUUGCAUCAAUCAGAUUUGUUACAUCCAUUUUUGUUUUUCAUCUUCUUAAAGUAGGAACUAGGCACAUCAUGGCUGUGUUGCAGAUGUGAUUUGUUUACUGAGUUUGGGUUAGGUUCAGGGGCUUUUUUUUUUUUUCCAGCCAAGAUGCGGUUGUGUGUAAAUCUCAUUGGGCUACUAACUCAACAUGGUGUCUUUUAGAUGUUACAUCUAAUUUUAUGAUAUUUGAGAACCUUUACUUUCAA